AUGGCCGACGACCAGGAUGGACGCGACGACAAGCCGGCGCAAGUCGAGGACUCAGCGCCCGAUCUGCGCAUUCUAGGUGACCGCAUCACUCUUCAACCCAGCGGAUUUGUGGCACCUCCCAAGGGUGCCGUAGGUGAUGAGAAGGAGGAGGCUCUGAUGAAGAACAUGGCGCGCUUUCGCUCGGAGCCACUGCAAUUCCUCCGCGAAGUCUCUCUCUACGUCUCUGGUACAGGAUGGCGCGCCUACGACGAAAUCAUCGGCCAACCCGUCUUCUACCCAGGCUACACCGAGCACAUCAAGUCGCAAGUCAUGUCGGCCACGCUAUUGCAGGCCAAGAUCGCACAGUUGGCUGAGAUGCGCCUGUCAGUCGAGGAGAAGCAGGGGCUACUCAACAAGAACGACAGGAACUUCGAAACCAAGCGCAACCAGCGCCGCUCUGUGCUUGUCCAGAGUCUGCAGGAGGUCGCCGAACAGCUUACAGACAACAUGGUAUGCAAGAUGGAGAGCAAGACCUUCAUCCGAGGUGCUUACUACAUGGUCACCCAGCUGCUGUUGAGGGCCUACCACCAAGGCAUCCACGUCUCCAGCGAGGAGGUACUGAGGUUGCGGAAUGUGGCCCGAGAAGCAGAGAAGAAGGGGCAGAGCAUCAUCUUCUUGCCGUGCCAUCGGUCCCAUGUCGACUACGUUGCGUCACAGUUGCUUUGCUAUAGACUGGGCUUGACUAUGCCAGUCAUUGUCGCUGGUGAUAAUUUGAACUUUCCGCUAGUAGGAAACUUCUUGCAGCAUGCCGGCGCCAUGUUCAUUCGCCGCUCCUUUGGCGACGACCAACUCUACGGGACUUUAGUGCAGGCCUACAUUGACGUACUCCUCCAGGGCGGCUACAACUUCGAAUGCUUCAUCGAAGGCGGCCGAUCUCGUACGGGUAAGCUGCUACCGCCCAAGUUCGGCAUUCUCAGCUUUGUCCUCGACAGUAUCCUUUCCGGCCGUGUCCAAGACGCCGUUAUCUGCCCCGUCUCAUAUCAAUACGACAAGGUGGUGGAAACAGAGGGUUACGUAACCGAGCUUCUCGGCGUACCCAAGAAGAAGGAAAACCUAGCAGACUUCCUCAGCGGCGGGUCAAGCGUGCUGUCACUGCGCCUCGGCAGAGUUGAUGUCCGCUUCCACGAGCCGUGGAGCUUGAGGGGCUUUGUUGACGAACAGAUUACGAGGCUGUCCAAGGUACCGUCUAGCAUCAACUGGAAGGAUAUGAAGAAUUCCAUUGUGCGCCAGAAACUUCUUCGCACGCUGGGGUACAAGGUCUUGGCGGAUAUCAACGACGUCUCGGUGGUGAUGCCGACCGCCUUGAUCGGUACUGUUCUGCUUACCCUCCGCGGCCGCGGUGUUGGCCGUGCUGAGCUGAUUCGCCGUGUCGAGUGGUUGACGGCACGUGUCCGAGCCAAGGGUGGGCGUGUCGCCCAUUUCGGAAACACGCCGGUCGCAGACGUGAUUGAGCGUGGUCUGGAGGUCCUCGGAAAGGAUCUAGUUGGUGUUGUCGAGGGCCUGGCGGAGCCCACUUACUAUGCCGUUGACCGGUUCCAACUUUCCUUCUACCGAAACAUGACCAUCCACCUCUUUAUAUCCGAAGCACUGGUCGCAGCGGCUCUGUACACGCGCGUCAAGCGUGGUGGCGGACCAGCUAUCCAGGAUAUUCCAUACCAAGACUUGCAUGACCAAGUUUUAUUCCUGUCUUCGCUGUUCCGCGGAGAAUUCAUCUACUCCGGCGAGGGUCUGGCGGUCAACUUGGAGAGGACGCUCAUGGGACUAGAAGCCGAUAAUGUCGUCUUCCUAGAGAGGGAUGAGCUCACUGGCGCUAUCACCAAGGUCGGACUGUCGGAUGCGGAGCGUGCGGCGGGCAGAGAAAAUUACGAUUUCUACUGCUUCCUGAUCUGGCCAUUUAUUGAGGCGAGCUGGCUUGCUUCGGUGUCCAUUAUGGGGUUGACGCCUCCAUUGGGGCAGAAGGAUGAUAUUUGGAUUCAGUUUUCCAAGGCACAGGAAAGCGCACAACUUCUCGGAAAAACCCUCUACCACCAAGGCGACCUCUCCUACUUUGAAGCCGUCAACAAGGAAACGCUCAAGAACUCGUACCAACGCUUUGAAGAAGAAGGCAUCAUCCAAGUCGUUAAGUCCAAAGACCCCAAGGUUCCUCCGCGUAUGCGUCUGGCGCCCGAAUGGCGACCCGCCAGAGACGACAUCUCAGGCGUGCUCAUCGCUUCGGGCCGUCUGUGGGAUUUUACUGAGAAGAUCGCGUCAAGCAGGCGAGAAGGCAAGAACAGACGUGAUGGUGCCACUGUGAGUACCCGCGUGGUCAGGUUGACGGAUGAUUUGGGACAGAGGCUGUUUGAGGAGGCGAUUGCGGGGACGGAUAGCAAGAAAGGGAAAGGAAAGAGUAAAGGCAAGGGUAAGGGUGGUGCGCCGGCGAGGUUGAGCAAAGAGGAUGAAAAGACCUUGACGGCGGAUUUGAAGGAGAGUAAGAGGAGGAGGAAACUGGAGAAUAGGGCGCAUUUGUGA